GAAAAAUCUAAGGAGGCAGGAAAAAAAAACCGGAGUUUUCCACUGUCUACUGGCUAGUAGUUUUUUUUUUCUGUACCAGGAGAGAGAAGGUGCCAAUUCCUUGUUCCUACCCAACUUCUCUGUUUCGUCCGAAAGAUCUACACUCUCUCACCUCCGUCUGUGGUGGCUACUGGAUCCCGACGGAACUGGAGCCUUUUCCACUGCUCGACACAGUUUAGGUUGUAACGAGGAGGUUGUUGGAUCGGCUUCUCUGAAUCAGGGGAUUGAGCAUCAAGCAAAGCUGGCGGCAACAAUUGCUUGGAGAUACACCAGCAGCAAUGGUGGCAACCAUGGAGCUUUGGAUCUGGAGAGAAAUGUGGAUGGUAAAGUUCAGGAGUCGGAGCCAUCUACUCCACAUUCUGCACUAAAAAUGAACGUGAGGGAUCGGGGGAACAUGGAAGAUACGGAUGGUACUUUGUCAAGUGUUGCACAAUGCAUUGAGAAAUUACGGCAAAAUUCUUCAACAACAUCAGAAAAAGAGAACUCUCUGAAGCAGUUGCUAGAACUUAUUCAAACACGUGAAAAGGCAUUUGGAGCUGUUGGAUCUCAUUCACAAGCAGUUCCAAUACUUGUUUCUCUUCUCAGGUCUGGGUCUCUUGGGGUAAAGAUGUUGGCUGCAAGUGUUUUAGGAUCUUUAUGUGCUGAAGAGGAAUUAAGAAUGAAAGUACUUCUAGGUGGUUGCAUACCACCACUUCUCGCUCUUCUCAAGUCCAACUUAGUCGAAGGACAAAUGGCAGCUGCAAAAACUAUUUAUGCUGUUUCUCAAGGUGGUUCAAGGAGGGAUCAUGUAGGUUCAAAGAUCUUCUCAACGGAGGGAGUUGUCCCUGUUUUGUGGGAGCAACUGAAAAUUGGUCUCAAUAAUGGAAGUGUGGUCGAUACUUUACUCACUGGAGCAUUGAAGAACUUAUCAAAAAGUAAAGAGGGUUUCUGGUUAGCAACAACAGAGUCUGGUGGGGUGGAUAUACUGAUUAAGCUUCUUGCAAAUGGACAACCAAGUAGCAUAGCUAAUGUUUGCUAUCUUCUUGGAUGUAUGAUGAUGGAAGAUACGUCUGUUUGUUCCAGGGUCAUUGCAUCAGAUACUAUCAAGCUACUCCUCAAAUUGCUAGGACAAGGUAACGAAGCAUCAGUUAGAGCUGAGGCUGCAGGCGCUCUAAAAUCUUUGUCUGCACAGUGUAAGGAAGCUAGGCGUGAGAUAGCUAAUUCCAAUGGUAUUCCAGCUCUUAUAAAUGCUACAAUAGCUCCAUCAAAAGAAUUUAUGCAAGGAGAAGCAGCUCAAGCGUUGCAGGAAAAUGCAAUGUGCGCCCUGGCAAAUAUUUCUGGUGGCUUGUCAUUUGUCAUUUCCAGCCUUGGUGAAAGCCUAGAGUCAUGCUCUUCGCCUGCACAGAUUGCUGACACACUAGGGGCAUUAGCUUCAGCCUUGAUGAUUUAUGAUUCAAAUGCUGAAUCUGUCAGAGCAUCAGAUCCUUUUACUAUAGAGAAAAUAUUGGUUAAGCAAUUCAAGCCAACAGUGCCAUUCCUCGUACAGGAACGCACUAUAGAAGCCUUGGCUAGCUUGUAUGGGAAUGCUAUACUCUCUAGGGGGCUGAACAAUGCUGAUGCAAAGCACUUGUUAGUUGGUUUGGUUACCAUGGCAACAGGUGAGGUACAGCUUGAGCUUCUGAAGUCUCUCCUCACAUUCUGCAGCAAAGAAAGCAGCUUGUGGCAGGCAUUGCAAGGUCGCCAGGGUGUUCAGCUUUUAAUUUCCCUACUUGGCCUUUCUUCUGAGCAACAACAGGAGUGUGCAGUUUCUUUGCUUUGCCUUUUAUCUGAUGAAAAUAAUGAAAGCAAAUGGGCCAUAACUGCUGCUGGAGGCAUACCUCCUCUUGUUCAGAUUCUUGAGACAGGUUCUGCAAAGGCCAAGGAGGAUUCUGCUAAGAUCCUUGGGAACCUCUGUAAUCACAGUGAGGAUAUUAGAGCAUGCGUGCAAAGCGCUGAUGCUGUUCCUGCUUUAUUAUGGUUGCUGAAAAAUGGAAGUGAAAAUGGAAAAGAAAUUGCUGCAAGGACAUUAAAUCAUCUCAUCCAUAUGUCAGACACAGGGACUAUCAGCCAGCUCUCCACCUUACUAAUAAGCGAACAACCUGAAUCAAAAGUACAUGUUCUGGAUGCUCUGAGAAGUUUGCUUUCUGUGUCGCCAUUUAGUGAUAUACUGCAUGAUGGCAGUGCAGCAAAUGAUGCUAUACAAACAAUGAUAAAAAUCUUGUGUUCUGCAAAGGAGGAAACUCAAGCUAAAUCAGCAUCUGUUCUAGCUGAACUAUUUUAUUUUCGUAAAGACUUGAGAGAAAGUCAUAUCUCUGUCAAUGCACUAUUGUCGAUCAUGAAGCUGCUCAAUGCGGAAAGUGAAAAAAUCGUGGUUGAGGCCUGUCGUUGUCUUGCUGCCAUUUUCCUCUCAAUCAAGCAAAACAAGGAAGUUGCUUCCAUAGCCAGUGAUGCAUUUCCUCAAUUGGUUGUUCUUUCUAGCUCCUCCAUUCUGGAAGUGGCUGAACAAGCAACUUGUGCUUUAGCUAAUCUUCUUUUGGAUGAUGAAAUUUCAGCUCAGGCAACUCCCGAAAAAAUUAUCUUCCCUGUCACUCGAGUGCUAAGAGAUGGCACUAUUGAUGGAAGAACUCAUGCUGCUGCUGCUGUUGCCCGUCUCCUACAGUGUCCCACUGCGGAUCAUGCAUUGUUUGAUAGCAUAAACAGAUGUGAGACAGUUCUAGCUCUUGCUGCUCUUCUGGAAUUUUCCAAUAUUGAUUCUGCUGCUGCAUCAGAGGUUCUUCAUGCACUGGCUUUGCUUUCUGGGGCAAAUAAAGCUUCUGGCCUUGAAAAACCUCCAUUGGCUGCUCUUGCUGAAUAUCCUCACACUUUCAUCCCUUUGGUUUUAUGUGCAGCUGAUGGAGCGCCCACACUACAAGAUAAAUCUAUUGAAGUUUUGUCUAGGUUAUGCCGUGAUCAGCCUGGUAUUUUGGGUUCUGUAGUGUCAAAAAAGCAUGGAUGUGUGGCAUCAAUUGCUAGACGAGUGAUUAGCUCCAGUCACCUUAAAGUUAAAGUAGGAGGAGCUGCUCUACUUAUCUGUGCUGCAAAAGAUAACUGCCAGGAAGUGGUAGAAUCUCUGAAUGACUCUAGUUUAUGCAUGAGCUUGAUCCGUGCACUUGUGGGUAUGCUCCAAAUGACGAGUUUAUUUUCUGAUCAUGGAGACAUAGAUAUAUGCAUCCACAGGCAUCCUAUAGGAGAGCAUAUAAAUGCCGAAAGUAGUUCUGGCAUUGCCAUAAUUUAUGGUAAUAUAGUUUCCAUUUGGCUACUCUGCUUGCUAGCUUGUCAUGAUAAGAAAAGCAAGGCAUUUAUCAUGGAGUUUGGAGCACUUGAGUUUCUUACGGAGAAGAUUUCACAGUAUUAUUUAGCUUCACAGAGUGAUUCAAAAGAAGAUAAUAUUGCAUGGGUCUGUGCUUUACUGCUUGCUCUGCUCUUUCAAGACCGGGAUAUCAUCCGCUCGAAUACCGCAAUGCAUUGCAUUCCAGUUCUUGCAAAUUUAUUGAAAUCAGAGGAAUUAUCAAACAGAUAUUUUGCUGCGCAAGCCCUGACAAGUUUGGUUUGUAAUGGUAGCAGAGGUACUUUGUUGGCUGUUGCAAAUUCUGGCGCUGCUGGGGGGCUCAUCUCAUUGCUUGGUUGUGCUGAUACAGAUAUAUCUGACUUCCUUGAAUUGUCAGAUGAGUUUCACUUGGUACGAAAUCCAGAACAAAUUUCCCUAGAGAAACUGUUCAGAGUUGAUGAUAUUAGGGUUGGUGCUACUUCUAGAAAAGCCAUUCCUGCACUUGUUGAUCUCCUCAAACCAAUGCCAGAUCGUCCUGGUGCACCUUUUCUUUCAUUGGGCCUCCUGAAUCAACUUGCUGAAGAUUGCUCUCCAAAUAAGCUUGUAAUGGUAGAAGCAGGGGCACUUGAGGCACUUACAAAGUACCUUUCUCUUGGGCCGCAAGAUGCUACAGAAGAGGCUGCAACAGAAUUACUGGGGAUGCUAUUCAACAGUGCUGAGAUAAGACGGCAUGAAUCUGCGUUUGGUGCUGUCAAUCAACUAGUGGCAGUCUUACGGCUUGGUGGAAGAAAUUCCAGAUACAGUGCUGCAAAAGCAUUGGAGAACUUGUUUUCCUCAUACCAUAUUAAAAAUGGUGAAUCCGCCUGACAAACUGUUCAACCACUAGUUGAGAUACUUAAUACAGGCUCAGAACGAGAGCAACAUGCUUCCAUUGCUGCGCUUGUUCGACUGCUAGGUGACAAUCCAUCUAGAGCCCUGGCUGUUGGGGAUGCGGAGAUGAAUGCUGUGGAUGUUCUCUGCAGAAUUCUUUCUUCCAACUGUUCUGUGGAGCUGAAGGGAAAUGCUGCUGAGCUAUGUGGUGUUCUAUUUGGAAAUACAAGGGUUCGGUCCACUAUGGCUGCUGCACGCUGCAUAGAGCCUUUGGUGGCGCUCCUAGUUAUGGAGUUCAGCCCCGCUCAGCAUUCAGCAGUUCGUGCUUUGGAAAAGCUUUUGGAUGAUGAGCAACUGGCAGAAGUAAUUGCUGCCCAUGGAGCUGUUGUUCCUCUGAUCAGUCUUCUGUUUGGUCGAAAUUACAUGCUUCAUGAGGCAGUGUCUAGGGCUUUGGUAAAGUUAGGAAGAGACAGGCCAUCUUGUAAAAUGGAAAUGGUCAAAGCUGGAGUUAUUGAAAGCAUGCUUAACAUCCUGGAAGAAGCUCCUGAUUUUCUCUGUGCCGCAUUUGCAGAAUUGCUUCGUAUUCUUACUAACAAUGCUGACAUUGCGAAGGGUCCCUCAGCAGCCAAAGUUUUGGUGCCCUUUUUCUCACUGUUAGUAAGGCCAGAGAUUGGUCCUGAUGGACAGCAUAGCGUGUUACAAGUUCUUGUAAACAUUUUAGAGCAACCUCAAUGUCGAGUGGAUUAUAAUCUUACUCCCCAUCAAGCUGUUGAACCAGUGAUAUCUUUGUUGGAUUCACCAACUCAACCUGUACAGCAAUUGGCUGCAGAACUUUUGUCUCAUCUUCUGUUGGAGGAACACUUGCAAAAGGAUCCAGUCACAGAGCAAGCAGUUGGUCCUCUAAUUCAAAUUCUUGGAUCAGGUGUUCAUGUCUUACAACAGAGAGCCAUAAAAGCUCUUGUUAAUAUUUCACUUACUUGGCCUAAUACAAUUGCCAAAGAGGGUGGUGUAUACGAGUUGUCCAAAGUUAUUUUGCAGGCUGAUCCGCCCUUACCUUAUGCUUUGUGGGAAUCUGCUGCUUCUGUUUUAUCCAGCAUUCUUCAAUAUAGUUCAGAAUAUUUCUUGGAAGUUCCUGUUGCUGUAUUGGUACAAUUGCUUCGAUCUGGAACUGAAAGCACAGUUAUUGGUGCAUUAAACGCCUUGCUUGUUCUGGAAAGUGAUGAUUCAACCAGUGCAGAAGCUAUGGUUGAAAGCGGUGCUGUUGAAGCCCUUUUGGAGCUUCUAAAAAAUCAUCAGUGUGAGGAAACGGCUGCAAGAUUGUUGGAGACAUUGCUAAAUAAUACAAAGAUAAGAGAAACGAAAGCUGCGAAGUCUUCCAUCUCUCCAUUAUCCAUGUAUCUUCUAGAUCCUCAAACCCAAUCCCAGCAGGGAAGGUUGCUUGCAGCUCUAGCUCUUGGUGAUCUUUUCCAGAAUGAGGGGCUUGCACGGACAACAGAUGCUGUUUCAGCCUGUCGAGCACUAGUAAAUCUUCUUGAAGAGCAGCCAACGGAAGAAAUGAAAGUGGUGGCCAUCUGUGCCUUGCAGAACCUUGUAAUGUACAGCCGACCCAAUAAAAGAGCUGUUGCAGAAGCUGGUGGUGUUCAGGUCAUAUUGGAUCUUAUCAGUUCUGGCCAUUCAGACACAUCUGUUCAGGCUGCAAUGUUUAUUAAACUACUGUUCUCUACUCAUACUAUCCAAGAAUACGCAUCCAGUGAAUCUGUUAGAUCCAUCACUGCUGCUAUUGAGAAGGACUUGUGGACUAGUGGAGGCGCAAAUGAGGAAUAUUUGAAGGCACUGAAUGCUCUGCUUAGCAAUUUCCCUCGCUUACGAGCUACUGAGCCUACGACCCUCAGCAUUCCACAUCUUGUUACGUCCCUCAAAACUGGCUCUGAAGCAACUCAGGAAGCAGCGUUAGAUUCACUUUUUCUGCUUAGACAGGCUUGGUCAGCUUGCCCGAUCGAAGUUUUCAAAGCUCAGUCCGUUGCUGCAUCAGAGGCUAUCCCUAUGCUUCAAUAUUUGAUUCAAUCAGGUCCACCACGGUUUCAGGAAAAAGCGGAACUUCUUUUGCAGUGCUUACCUGGUACGCUUACCGUCACAAUCAAGCGUGGGAGCAACUUGAGGCAAUCUGUUGGAAAUCCCAGUGUUUAUUGCAAGCUUACACUUGGUAGCAGUCCACCAAGACAAACCAAGAUUGUUUCCACUGGCCCUACACCAGAAUGGGAUGAUGCCUUUGCCUGGGCUUUCGACACUCCACCCAAAGGACAAAAGCUCCACAUAUCCUGCAAGAACAAGAGCAAAAUUGGAAAGAGCUCCUUUGGGAAAGUUACAAUACAAAUCGAUCGGGUGGUAAUGAUGGGAUCUGUUGCAGGCGAUUAUACAUUGCUUCCAGUGAGCAAGAGUGGACCCCCGCGAACCAUAGAAAUCGAGUUCCAGUGGUCAAAUAAAUAGCAAGCACCUUUGUCGUGAUUCACAAGCUUUCCCUUUUUUUUUUUUUUUUUUUUUUUUUUUGACAGGAAACCCUAAUAAUCGUUAUUGUUGAAUGUUAAAUAAGUCUUUAAUUCUUAUAUGUCGUCUUACUGUACAUAGCUGAGAAUACUGUUGUCAUGCUUCUUGAAGAAGAUUGCUUCUGGGAAUUGUUUGUAUUGUUUGAUAUGAAUUAUUAUUUAUUCUUUUUUGUUUUUGGGUUUC